AUGGAGGAACCGCAAUGGAUUGAGGACUUGGCCAGGCGCGAAGAGGCAAAGCCCCUGCCCAAGGACAUGAGCCAUCACUUUUCCGACGUGACCAAGGCUCGCGUCCCAAGUGCCAUGAAGCAGUACUACAAGUACUUCCAAAUCCCAGGCAUCGGCCAGCUUGCAGGAGGUCUUCCCAACACCCGCUUCUUCCCUUUCGACACACUCGAGGCCCAAGCCGCACGACCCGACAGAUGGACGCCGACCCCGAAUCACCCGAAUUCCGACUCGCUCUCGUCGCAACUGGCUUCCGCAUCUCUCUCGGCCUCGAGGACCAAGAAGCAAGAUGACCCCUCGAUCGCAUCCCACAUCACCGUGCCCACGUACGCCCAGACUUCCGAUCCCUUGAAAAAGAUUGACCUGGCCUCGGCGUUGCAGUAUGGCCAGGCCGUCGGCUACCCGCCGCUCGUGUCCUUCCUUCGCCAGUUCGCGCGCGAGAACUUGCACCCCAACGUGCCGUACCGCACUGGUCCCGAUGUUGCGCUGACGGUCGGUGCGACGGAUGCCAUGUCAAAGACGCUCGACCUGUUCACGAACAUCUGGGUCGAGGGCAAGAACGACAUCCGUGAGCGACCGGGUAUGCUGAGCGAGGUGUUCAUGUACCCCAGCGUCUUGAGUCAGGCUUCUCCGAGAGGCGUCCAGGCCGUGCCCGUCGAGAUGGACGACGGCGGCAUGGCCGUCGAUGGCCCUGGCGGGCUAGAGGAUGUCCUGGCCAACUGGGACCCGUCCAAGGGAAAGAGGCCGCAUCUGAUGUACACGGUGACGAUGGGCCACAACCCCACGAGCGGUGUAUUGUCACUCGAGCGUCGUAAGGAGAUCUACGCCGUCUGUAGCAAGUAUGAUGUUGUCAUCAUCGAGGACGACCCAUACUGGUACCUUCAAUACCCUUCCGCCGCCGUCGAGGAGGCAAAGGCGCGUGGCUUGCCAAUUCCCAAGCCCCAGGUUGCCAACACUUUGGAAAAGAAGUCCGGAUACCCCUUCCUGGACUCCUUGGCUCCUUCGUUCCUGAAUGUGGACGUUGACGGUCGAGUUGUCCGCCUCGACACUUUCUCCAAGACUGUCGCACCUGGAUGUCGUGUAGGAUAUAUCACAGCAGCGCCCGAGAUCUGCGAGCGGAUCGUGCGCAUCAGCGAGUCCGGCACACAACAGCCUUCCGGUUUCGUCCAGUCCAUGCUCGCCGAGGCACUGAUCGGUCACCAGCCGGAGGCGACAGCACGCUUCAACUCGGCGCGCUCCAAAAACAACUUCUCGGGCUGGCAGGUCGACGGCUGGGUCCGCUGGCUCGCAGGACUCAGAGGCAUGUACGAGCGACGUAUGAACCGGAUGGCCUCCAUCCUGGAAGAAGGCGCCUACCAGCUCAAGCAGAGCCGACCCGUCAAGGACGACGAGGCGGACUGGGGCGUCAUCACCAAGACGCAGCUGUACGACUUCCGGUGGCCCCGCGGUGGUAUGUUCCUUUGGCUCCACAUGCGCUACGAGACGCAUCCACUCUGGAAGGCGGUCGGGUCUGAGGGCAACAUUCUCAAUGGCACCGUGUUCUCGACUGCGCUCAUGAUCUUGCUCACUCGCAAGCCGUACCUGGUGCUCGUCAGCCCCGGAAUGAUGUUCAGCAACACGCCCGAGAUCAGGGAGAAGCGGGGCUGGGCUUAUUUCCGCCUCUGCUUCGCUGCCGAGUCCGAGGAAAACAUCGACCUGUGCUCCGAGAGGUUUGUGGCGGGCGUGCAGAGGUUCUGGCGGAUCAAGGACGUCAAGGAGCUGGAGGAUAUCCUCUCAGGGUUCCCUCACGCCAAUUCCUCGGAAGCUGAUGAUGAUGAGGUGGCAGAUCUGGGAAGCGUGAUGGGCUGUUAG